UUUUUUUUGUAUCGCUCUUUUUCAUCCACUUAAAAAUGGCCCACGAACAUUUAAAAGCUGACUGCAUCUUCUGUAAAAUCAUCAAAGGUGAGAUCCCUUCUCACAAGAUUGCAGAAACAGAGAAAAGCUAUUCCUUCUUGGAUAUCAAUCCCUUGAGUGAAGGUCAUGCUCUUAUUAUUCCCAAGUAUCAUGCUGAAUUCUUCCAUCAAGUCCCUGAUGACAUUCUGGCUGAUAUGUUACCUUUAGCCAAGAAGGUUGCUCUUGCUAUUGGAUUAGGUGAUGGUCAAUACAAUCUGUUGCAGAACAAUGGACGCAUGGCACAUCAAGAAGUUCCUCAUGUCCAUUUCCAUAUCAUUCCUAAGCCCAAUCCUCAAGAAGGUCUUAAGAUUGGAUGGGAUCAACAAAAGGUGGGUCAAGAAGACCUCAAGGGUCUUUUGGGUCGCAUUAAGGAAAAGUUGUAAACAAAUUAUUUAUAUAAUAAAAAACCCCUUUGUUGCGAUUGCAU